GGAGGGAGAGGGGCAUGAUAUUACUGCAGAAGGGAUAGGUGUCCAUAUAAUGUGGAAGGGAAAAUGGACUUGUACCUGGUUUUGUUAAGAGGGUACACAGUGCCUCGCUGUCUAGCAUGUGAAGAAGUUGUGGCUUUCUUCAAUUCUCUUUCUCUUUCUCUUUCUCUCUUUACAUGCAUCCACUACUACUACUGCUACUGCUAUAACCAAAACCCAACUGGCAUUUUUUUGAUACAUUCCCAUAGAUAGCCUGAAUUAGGAGAGUGAAGACAAAAUUACUCUAGGAUUCGACCUUGAUUCUCUUUGGUUUUUUCCCCCACACACCCUCUCCACACUUCUAAGUUUUCUACUAUACUAUCUAUCCCUUUACCUUAUUGCCUUCUUCUUCUUUUUUAUUUUUAUUUUUCUUGGUUUAAAAAGGACCCAAAAACACAACUCUGAGCAGCAUAUAAUUGCCUUUUGCCUCCUUUCUCUUUUUAUUUUCUUUGAUAAAGAGAGGCUCAUUUCUUCAUAACCACAAAGAGCACUUCAGUUCAGAAGAUUAGAAAUGAAUGCAUUUGCUUCAUCAGAAUGCAGUAGCGGAUGCGAAUCUGGUUGGACUCUUUACUUAGAACAAUCUUAUCUUUCUCCCACUGCUGCUGUUGCAAAAAGAGGUAAAAAUCACAGUAAGCAUAAUGUUAAUAGACAGAAUGCUAAAGAAGAAAGUGAAGAGCAAGAACAAGAACAUGAUGAAGAAGACUUGUCAAUGGUGUCUGAUGCAUCUUCAGGACCUCCACAUUUCAAUGAAGAUGAAAGUUACUUCAACUAUGAUAAUGGGUGUUCUUAUCCUGCAUUUAAAGAUGCUACUGCACCGGUCAACAAUGGUGGUAAGCACAAAAGGCAAAAAGAACGUACAGAACGCGGCAAAGAGCAUCAUCAAGAACUACCCAAUUCCUUUCUUGAUGAUACUGCUAGCUCUCCUGCAUUUAACUUAUCCAAGAAUAAUUUUUCUGUUGCCAACCAUAAUCAAGCUUCAAUGGAGAGUAUGCUGGAUUAUUCGCAAGGUUUCUCUGCUACUCAUUUUCAGGAGAGAUCUGCAUAUCAAGAUCAUUUUGGUUAUGUACAGCCUCCUCUAUCAGGAAACCAACUUCACAAGAACCAAUGGUUUUAAGGAAAGAGAAAGAAGAUAUACAGAAAAUGUGAUUAGCAUCAACUUCCUGCCAUUGCAAUUGUUGCCAUUGAAGUUGCUCUACAAGAGAUGCAUGGUGCUGGCUAGAGGAUUAAUUAUCAGAAGUAUUUUCUUUUAAAAAAGGAAAAAGAAAAAAAAAAAAAGAUCUCAUAAAGAUCUUGUUCUUUCUUUCUUUCAUUUCUUUUUUCUUUUAGUUUUGCUUAUCCUGUGAGAAUGCAAUGGGGAAGCAACCCGAGAGCAAAAGUUGGAAAUAAAAUUCUUGUUCUCAAAAAUUGAUUUCUCUUGUUAAAGAAUUUUGGGUACAAAUUGGCUAUAUCUUUUAGACAGCCUCUGCGGAUUUUGCUCAUCUUUGUUAAGCUUAGUAGAAAAUAAAGAAUUAAAUAAAUGAAAGAGACUGAAAACAAGGAUUCUUCAACACU